AUGAAGCAGCUCAGCAUUGUCAACCAUACCUCUGAAAUCCUGUUGGUGGAGGCCACCGGCGUUCUUGGAACUCGUGAAACCAAAGUGCUCUUGCCUUCGCUUGCUACCACCACCACCAUCGCGAAGCAUGCUUCUGUUUUCACAUUUUCUACGCCCGCACAGAGGGGCGACUAUGAGAAAGAUUGGGUUGCUGUUCCUAAAGUCUACGCCGUUACUUUACCUCGGGUCUUAGGGGCAACAUGGAAAGUGGUGGACUUGCCAAGCGGAUGCCCGUGGACAAUGUACCGAGCUAGGGUGUCGAGAAAACACCAUCGCCUUUUAAUUCUACCUCGCAGAGAGCUAUCAUCAUUCCUUGCGAAGCUGCCGGACUCGCUCCCGCUCUCGUCUCUGAUGCUACCUGGGACGCAUGACACGAUGGCAUUCUAUGGUUGGCCCAUCUCCCAAUGCCAGUCGCUUGCUACACCACUUGCAUUGCAGCUACAGUCCGGCAUCCGCGUACUCGAUAUUCGCCUUGCGGUUAUCAAGUCCCGGCUCAUAGCUUAUCAUGGCCUUUACCCGCAACGCGCAUCCUUCCAAGAAAUCCUUACCACGAUACAUAUCUUCCUUACCGCAUCUGCGACGUGUCGCGAAAGCAUUGUGAUGUCUAUCAAGCAAGAAGACUUCGAGGUGACGUCGCCAUCCCUGUUCUCGGAACUGGUCCACGAGGAAAUAAUGAACGGGCCCGGGGGACGGGAUAUGUGGUUCUUGGAGAAUCGCAUACCGAAAUUGGGUGAAGUCAGAGGCAAAGUUGUCAUGUUCAGUCGAUUUGGCGGUGAGGGUGCAGGCUGGGAGGGCGGGCUAGAAGGCCUAGGCAUCCAUCCAACUGCAUGGCCCGAUAGCGCCAGAUCCGGGUUCACCUGGCAGUGCAAAGAUACUCUCGUGCGCACACACGACUGGUAUAACAUCCCGUCCUUCCUUUCCAUUCCGGAGAAGACAGCCCUGGCGACGGAGAUCCUUUUACCUCCUCCAGACGACCCGCCGUUUCCUACUCUCGCGAUCUCAUUCUUCUCGGCAUCUGGCUUUCCCCUCGCAUUUCCGCCAACAAUUGCACGGGGCUUUGGGUACCCCAAGCUCGGCCUCGGUGUCGAGGGUGUCAACGGGCGGAUAGGCAGGUGGCUGCUAGAUAUGCUCAGCGGCCAAGAUGAGAGUACUGCUAUCAGUCCCCGGUUCACAUUGUCAAGGCCUGCAGAUGCAAGCAUGCGCAUACGCGGAUGGGCGCUCAUGGAUUUCUUCAAGGACCCACAGGAUAAUGGGCUCGUACCCUUAUUGGUGGAGUGCAACUUCCGCGGGAGGCGGAAAGGUGAAGAGGGCUGGCUAUAG